UUCAGCACAUGCACAGAACACUGACUCGGCCUACGAAUACGAGUAUGACGACACUCCCAACGAUUAUGAGGCAAACUUCUACGAUCCUGAGAGCCCUCCAACCUUCGUGGCCAAUUCACAACACUUCUCUGUUGAAGUUGGAGGAGACAUAACCUUUCCCUGUGAAGUGGAAAACCUUGGUGACCAAGUUGUGAUGUUCAAGCACAUUAUGCUCAAUGGUGAAGACAGAUUACUGUUUGUUGGAGAAAUUGAUUUGAAACCUGCAGCAAAAUUCACCAGGAAUGGAAACUCAUAUGUUUUGAAUGGUGUGACCAGACGACAUGCCGGCAAGUAUGUGUGCCGCAUUGAGACCUCCCCGCCCACCGAGCUGGAACACACGCUGGAUGUGCAGUACCCAGCAUCGGUAAGACGUGAAAGUGAGAAGGUUCAGCGUGUGGUCCAAGGGUCAAGUGUGACCCUAGAGUGUAUGGCAGAUGGUAAUCCGACUGCUGCCAUCAGCUGGAGCCGUCAACAGGGACACUUACCUUCUGGAACACAAUCUGAAGAGGGUCUGAGCAUUACCUUAGAAAAUGUCGACCGCCACGUUGAAGGAACAUACAUCUGCACAGCCUCUAAUGGUAUUGGAGACCCUUCUUCUGCUAGCAUGACAGUUGAGGUGGAAUACCCUCCUGAGGUCAUCACUGAACAGGCAAUUCUCCACACUGGUGAGGGUGAUGAGGCCAAACUGAUGUGCAUUGUUCAUGGUCGUCCCACCCCUGCAGUUUCUUGGAGCAGGAAUGGAGACCCACUCAUGACAGACAAUCACAUCAUUGAGCAUGACAGCCUCCACCGUCACACACUUACCAUUAGCAAAGUGAAGGAGGAAGACUUCGGUGAUUACACUUGCACAGCUGAGAAUGCCCGGGGACAGAAAGCAAACACACUCAGACUGACUGGCCUUCCAAAGACCCCCAAGAUGACAAGCAGUCCUGCUGGUGGGGAGAAGACCUCCUACACACUCACCUGGGAGACAGAAAGCUACACCCCUAUUGCCCAGUACCGUCUUCAGUACCGGAAAUUUAAGCCCAAUGUUACAACUCAGGCCCCAGGACAGUGGAUUGACAGGCUUUAUUCACCAAAAACAUCAGAGAACAACUUCACUGGCCCUAUUCACCACAUGACCCAUCCUAUUGAAAUGCUUGAACCUGCUACCGACUACGAAGCAACAGUUGCUGUUGAAAACAAAUUUGGAUGGUCAGGCACCUCAGAAGUCUUCCAGUUCUACACAAGGAAAGAAGACCCUACUACUACUACCACUACCACUACCACUACCACGACCCUGGCCCCGGAACCCGAGAACAUCGCUCCUGUUGUGGAAGAAGUGGCCAUUGGUCAGUCAGCGAGUGGGUGUGGCACUGCCACCCUAAGUAUGGCACUGUUGACACUGGCACUGGGUGCCUUCCUCUCAUAAAGAUCUAGGACAUGUAGAAUCUUAAGUGGUUGUAAAAGAGGCUCCUUAUAUGAGACGCCAUCAUCUUCAGUCCAAAAGAUAAGGUGCCGCAAGUUUUAACAACUUCGGUAUCUUAUCUAGAGUUGAUUCUCGGCCUACAGGUAUUUAAAAGUCUUGGCUGAUGUGUACUACAGGUGUGAAAUCACAAACAAACUUUCAGGUGCAGUGGAUAAAAUAAUGUCUAUCUUUUAGGUUUCUUUUACUUUCAUGACUAGAAAUGUGUCAUGUAAUUUUCUCAUGGCUAUACCCUUCUGAAUGGUAUUCUAAGAAUCUAGUCAUCCCUUUCCUGUAACUGGUUUGUAUGGACAAUUUAAACAAACCCUGAUUGUCCAAGGAGCACUCUGUUAUCUAGCUAAUGCUUUCUAACUAUAAACUAAAGACAAAACAUUAGGUUUAGAUAGAUUAUACUCCACAGCCUGGAAACACAAAAAAAGGAACAAAGUUUUCUACCAUUUUUGAGUAGAAUUGUCAAAAAAAAAAACAAAAAAAAACAUUUACAACGUGAGUAACUGGCCGUCUCUUAAGAUAAUUAAAAAAAAGACUAGUUCAUUUAAUUCUUCCAGUAUUUUGCUACGAUAUAUUGGCUUGGCAAUGCCAAUCCUAUUGCAAGUGUCUGCUAGCUUUUGUAUUCUUAAUGGUGAUUCAGCUGCCUAAUGGAGGCAGGAAGCACAUGUCAUUUGUGCUUCUUGUGUGUAUCUGUUUGUAUGUGUGUGUGUAAGGGUGUGAGAAUGAAAUGAAAGGGGAAUUUUGUAAGCCCCAUGCAUGGGAGGUUAGUCACUGUGUAUAUAGUGUGUUCACAUCUCCAGGUGUGCUGAUUAUAAACCACAUUGACAGGUAUAGACACAGUAAGGGUAAAUUUUAGGCUGUUAGAGCUAUUACUUUAUUAGCUUUUGUUAAAUUGAAGGCCCAUAUUUAUAUUCGACAUUGAUAGUUUUUUCUACAAGCAUAAUUAACUGCUGUGUCUGCCCACAGUGAGUGUGGAUCAUAGUGUUAAAAGUAAUGUACAUUUUACUGUGCUAUGUCCAAGAGACGUUCCUCCUGUGUUGUGGAUGAAACAUGGGAAUGGCGGUGGUCAUGUGGGGAAAAAUAACUUUAGUGGGAAUGCUUAAAAAAUCUCAACAAAAUCUAUUUCUGAAGCCUGUUUAUUUAAUCUCAGUGCUUAAUGUUUAAAUGCUGAAUAUCCUGUAAAUCGGUCAGGAGCUUAACUAUUGAAAACAUAUUUGAACUGAAAGCUUGGUUUGUAUGAUAUUUAAGUGUCACUGACUAACAUUGUGUAACGUCCUUUGUAUGUAUUUCCACUGUUGUUUGGCCUUUUGGAUAAAAUGUGUACUCAGGAGGCUAGCAUGGUCCUUGAUCCACCGCGUUAUUGCCUGGUGGUCUUUGCCUCGGAUGAACAAUGCUGCAGUGUUAAAGGGAACUUAUUUGGGAUUUAAUGUAAUCAAUAGUAAAUAUUUUACCACAAAAACCUUUGAAUGUGAAGCAUGCUAUAUGUUAUUUUGAAUAACUGUAUAAGAUUUCUAUAACAAUACACCAAACAUGGUAAGUUAUGUCAUUGCCAAAACUCACUGUAUUCAUAUAUUAGAAAUAUAUACCUAAAGUUAAGCAGUGUAAUGUAAUUUUCUAUUUUAUAAUCAUUGGUCUUUUGCAUAAAGAACACUGCCAUUAACAUGCUUUCCAUGCAGCUCUCCUGUGUUGUAAUAUUUUGUACUAUAAUCUGCAAAUAAACGUGUCAAUGUCAAA